AUGGACCCAUUCUCCGCAGAGGGCGAGCUCCUCAACAUCCACAGCACCUUCCACUCCGGCCAAUACCAGGGUGUGAUUGACUUCGACACAUCAGUGCUGUCCCCUGAGAACCAUCUCCCCGCCCAAGUCCUCAAGCUUCGUGCUCAGAUUGCCCUCGGUCAAUACGAUGAGGCCCUCGCCGAACCCUCUAUCGAAGACGAUAGCCCUGACCUGUCGGCCGUCAAGGCACUAGCCCUGCAAUCGUCCAGCAAAACAGACGCUGCUUUGCAAUUGGCGCAGGAGCUCGCUGAGAACUACCCCGAAAACAACACCGUGCAGGUCCUUGCUGCGACAGUGCUCCAGACACAGGGCCUCAGCGAGGAGGCGCUGGCGCUGCUCGCUAAACACCAGGGUAACCUCGAGGCUGUCUCCCUUAUCGUUCAGAUCCAACUUCAACAGAACCGAACCGAUCUUGCGCUCAAGGAGGUCCAGGCCGCAAAGCGCUGGGCCCAGGACUCCCUUUUGGUGAACAUCGCCGAGUCCUGGGUUGGAUUGCGGGUGGGCGGCGAGAAGUACCAAUCUGCAUUCUACGUCUACGAGGAGCUGGCCUCCGCACCCAGUACCUCCGCACCACUAUCGAUCGUUGGCCAAGCCGUCGCCGAGAUUCACCUUGGUCGUCUUCCCGAGGCCGAGGCUGCCAUUGACGCCGCCCUUGAGAAAUAUCCCACCGAUGUGGAAUUGAUCGCCAACAGCAUUGUGUUGAACGUGCUAGCUGGCAAGCCGUCCGAGGAACAAGAAUCCCGUCUACAGCAGGUUGCCCCCACGCACUCCCUGCUCACCGACAUUCAGGAGAAGAGUGAACUCUUCGAUACCGCAGCGGCCAAGUUCUCCGCCAAGGCUUCAUCCUAG